UCUCCUGAUCUCAUUGAAAGUCUCUUCACCACCGCCUAAAUUGCACUUGCACCUCAUACUCCCAUCAAAGAUAUCUCCUUUUUUCCCUCUCUGUCCUUCUUCUCGCCGGAGAAACAGAAGAACUGAAAGAGAAUGGGGAAAGGAGGGCGUGAGAGAGUUGUGGAGGAGGAGGAAGAAGUAGUCAUGGCAACGGAUUUCUUCUGGUCGUACACUGACGAGCCGCAUGCUUCGAGGAGGCGUCAGAUUCUGUCUCGUUAUCCUCAGAUCAAAGAUCUUUUCGGUCCUGACCCCUGGGCUUUCAUCAAGAUCUCGAUGGUAGUUUUGCUCCAGCUCUCAACAGCUGCUCUCCUUCAUGAUGCAGGGUGGUUGAAGAUUUUGACAAUUGCAUAUUUCUUCGGUUCUUUUCUCAAUCACAAUCUUUUCUUGGCGAUCCACGAGCUCAGCCACAAUCUCGCCUUUUCGACUCCUGUCUACAACCGGUGGCUCGGGAUUUUCGCCAACCUCCCCAUCGGUGUACCAAUGUCUGUGACCUUCCAAAAGUACCAUCUCGAGCACCAUCGUUUCCAAGGAGUAGACGGCAUAGACAUGGACGUCCCGAGUUACACAGAAGCCCAUCUCGUCAAAAACGUGUUUGCCAAGACAAUCUGGGUGUUCUUACAACUCUUCUUCUAUGCACUUAGGCCCUUGUUUCUGAAACCAAAGCCUCCAGGCCACUGGGAGUUCAUUAACCUGUUUGUUCAGAUUGGUCUCGACGUGGCAAUGGUUCAGUUCUGUGGAUGGAGGUCAUUCGCUUACCUUAUACUUUCGACAUUCGUGGGUGGUGGCAUGCAUCCGAUGGCAGGCCAUUUUAUCUCGGAGCACUAUGUGUUCAAGCCCGACCAAGAAACUUACUCCUACUACGGCCCUUUGAAUCUACUGACAUGGAGUGUAGGUUAUCACAACGAGCAUCACGAUUUCCCGAGAAUCGCGGGAAACAAGCUGCACAAGGUGAGGGAAAUGGCACCUGAAUACUACGAAGGAUUAGAGUCGUACAAGUCAUGGAGUCAGGUGAUAUAUAUGUACAUUAUGGACAGUACAGUGAGUCCUUUUAGCAGAAUGAAGAGGAAGCUCUCAACAACAACUACAAAAAAAGACUGAGUAGAUCUUCUUGCUCCUCAAUCCCGACAUCAAAAGCUGUUUUUUGUUUUGCUCAAAGGCUCUAUCAACUAUUGGUUGUUUUUUUGUGUGUGUUUCUUGAGGGAGACAGUCUUGAAGAGAUCUAGAACAUUGGUUUGGUGUUGGUUUAGUGUGGAAGUGGCCGUCAUGUUUGAUCUUAAAAGACCAAAGUUCAACACUUCGGUUUGGGAUGUGUUGUUUAUUUCUUUAAUCAUUUUUUGUCUUCUGUCUGACAUAAACCGGUUUUGGUGUUUUGACCUUAAAAGACCAAAGUUGAACACUUUAAUUUACAUUUUGUUUUGGUUGGA